GCGCCUCGCGUGCGCGCCGUGCCACGCCGCUAUCCUCGCGCUCGCCGUGUGCUGGGUCUGCGGCGAGGUGGUCGUGCGCGGCGACGAGUGUGUGAGUCUGGGCUGGUGCUUCUGGCACCGCGCUUGCUAUGGGUGUUUGCUGUGCGGCUGCCGAAUGGUGGUGCGUGGUCCAGGGGUGGGGGAGGUUUUUAUUGGUGAUGAGGAGGAUGAUGGUGAUGAGGAGGACGAUGGUGAUGAGGAGGAGGAGGGUGUGGGUGUGGGUGUUGGCGUGUUGAGGGAAUGCGGUCGCGGAAGGGCUCGCGAGAUCGACGAGGUCCCGCUGUGCGCGAACUGUCUGGCCGAGGUUGAUGUUGAUGGCGACGGCGCACCCGCGGACCAGCCCGCGCUCGUGCAGAAGGCGCUGCGCACGGUCGAUCGCGUCGACGGCGGGCUGGCGAGGCAGCGCUGGGAGGGCUCGGUGGCGCGGGAGCCGGCGAGGUUUGCCGAGGUGAGUGUUACUAUUUCUCCGUUAUUCUUGGGGAUUAACGGGGGGGAGGUGUGCGUUUGUGGGAGCCUGGUGCUAAAAGAGACUCACGCAGGGGAAUAUCCAUCUGCACAGAUCCGGAGACGGCCGCUCGCUCAACAGCGACGGGGCGAGCGCCGAGCCGGCAGACCUGGCCAUGAUGGAAGACGACGACGACGACGAGGCCUCGCCGUCCACCAUCUACGUGUCGAUCCUCGACCCCAUCGGCAGCCUCGCUUUCAGACCGAGCCCCACAAAGCCGAUCCCUGAGUGGAUGCAGCUGGCGCCGCCGCCGACAAGCAAUGGCAACAGCCCCCGCGAUGAAGACGACGACAGGGGUCAAAGGGCAGACGCUGCUGCUGCUGGGCGGCCGAGAUGGCCGCGGCGCCGCAGUAACCACUCGUCGUGCGCAACAAUCUGCCCAGACGGACGGCAGCACCGCAUGUCGCCUACAGCCGUCAGCCCUAUGCAGUCCGUCUCGUCGUCGUCGUCAACAUCCAUGUCGCACUACGGCGGCGGCGGCAGCGGCGGCGGC